AUGUCGCAGCCCGUCAAGAGGUUUCCCGGCCACUUGGCUCAGUUUGUGCGGUGCUACUCGGUCUCCGCUGAGAGCAUUCCGGCGGCAAAGAAGAAGUACAUCCCGACGGAGGGCACAUAUCCCCAGGGCUUCCAGGCUUCUGGCAUCUUGGUUGGAGUCAAGCCUUCAAACAAGACGAAGCCUGACCUCGCUCUUCUGAGCUCAGACCGUCCUUGUGCCGCGGCGGCUGUCUUCACCAAGAACAAGUUCCAGGCGGCCCCGGUGACCUUCAGCAGGAACCUGUUGAAGAAGAAGGCCAACAAGGGCAUCCGAAGUGUUCUCAUCAACUCAGGAUGUGCCAACGCCGUCACUGGCAAGGGAGGUCUUGAGGAUGCCUCCCUCAUGGCCCACGCCGCUGACAAGGCCGUUGGUGGUGCUGGCGAUGCCUCGUCGACCAUUGUCAUGAGCACAGGCGUUAUCGGACAGAGAUUGCCCAUCGCAAAGAUUGUAGACAACGUCCCGACUGCCCAGGGAGCUCUGGGCUCUUCACACAAGCACUGGCUCAGCUUUGCUACCGCCAUCUGCACUACCGACACCUUCCCGAAACUCAUGUCCAAGACCUUCACCCUGCCCUCCUCGCCGGGCGUCGAGUACCGCAUUGCUGGAACCACCAAGGGCGCCGGUAUGAUCCACCCUAACAUGGCUACCCUUCUGGGUGUUGUCGCCACGGACGCUCCCAUCUCUCCUGCCGUCAUGCCUUCGGUCCUCAAGCACGCCGUCGACCGCUCCUUCAACAGCAUCACCAUUGAUGGAGACACCUCGACCAACGACACCAUGGCCCUUCUCGCCAACGGCGCUGCCGGCGGCAAGGAGAUCACCUCUCAGGAUUCCCCCGACUACGCCGCCUUCAAGGAGGUUCUGACCGACUUCUCCAUCGACCUGGCCAAGCUCAUCGUUCGUGACGGUGAGGGCGCUACCAAGUUUGUCACCAUCCGCGUCGUCGAGUCUGCCAGUGAGGAGGCUGCCAGGAAAAUUGCCAGCACCAUCGCCAGGUCCCCCCUCGUCAAGACUGCUCUCUACGGCCGUGACGCCAACUGGGGCCGCAUUCUGUGUGCGACUGGUUACUCUCUGGUUUCCGAGCCUGGUCAGGCCGUCAUUGAUGUGCCCGAGGUCGUUCCUGAGAAGACCAACGUCUCUUUCAUUCCCACUGACGGCAGCGCUGAGCUGAAGCUUCUGGUCAACGGCGAGCCCGAGAUGGUUGAUGAGGCCAGAGCCUCUGAGAUUCUGGAGCUUGAGGACUUGGAGAUCCUUGUCAGGCUUGGCACUGGUGAUAAGGAGGCUACGUACUGGACUUGCGACUACAGCCACGAGUACAUUACUAUCAACGGCGACUACCGCACAUAG